AUGCUACCUAUGCGCAAGGUGGUCCAUCGGGCGUGCUUCUUUGUGAGCCGGACUGUGUACAUGACAUGUUGCUGUGGGUGCUGCUCAGCACUGAGGCCGCGGUACAAGCGCCUGGUGGACAACAUUUUCCCCGCGUCGCCCCAGGAUGGCCUGGUCAAGUCCAACAUGGAGAAGCUCACCUUCUACUCCCUGUCCAGCCCAGAGAAGCUGGACAGGAUCGGCGAGUACCUGUUCCAGAAGGCCUCUAGGGACAUAUACCGGCGGAGGCACGGUUUCGUGAUAAUCGCAAUGGAAGCGAUGGACCAACUGUUGCUGGCCUGCCAUUCGCAGACCCUCAAUCUGUUUGUCGAGAGCUUCCUUAAAAUGGUGCAGAAACUUCUGGAGUCAACUGAUCCACAGCUGCAGAUAUUAGCGACACAGAGCUUCGUCCGCUUCGCGAACAUAGAAGAGGACACGCCCUCCUACCACCGCCGGUACGACUUCUUCGUGUCGAAGUUCUCCGCCAUGUGCCACAGCAACCACGCGGACAAGGCGGCCCGCGACCGCAUCCGACUCGCCGGCAUCCAGGGUCUGCAGGGCGUCAUAAGGAAAACUGUGUCUGACGACUUGGUGGAGAAUAUUUGGGAGGCGCAGCAUAUGGACAAGAUUGUGCCCUCGCUUCUGUACAAUAUGCAGAUCGCGGAGAAGUACGAGACGCUGUCCUGCAUGGAGACGGACACUCGCGACGGCGCCGAGGAGGAGCCCGCGCGGCUGGCGGAGGCCUGUCUGCGCGAGCUGGUGGGGCGCGCCUCCUUCGGCCACAUCCGCAGCGUGUUGCGGCCGGUGCUCACCCACUUCGACCGCCACGAGCUCUGGGUGCCGAACGACUUCGCCGUCCACACGUUCAAAAUUAUCAUGUUCUCGAUCCAGGCGCAGUACUCGUACAGCGUGGUGGAGGCGCUGAUGCAGCACCUGGACGCCGGGUGCGGCGCCCCGGGGGCGGCGGGGGGCGGGGGCGGGGGCGGAGGGGGCGCGGGCAGGACGAGGGUGCGCGCCGCCAGGGCCUCCGUGCUCAGCAACAUCGUGGCCAUCGCGGCCGCCGACAGCGUAGGUCCUUCUGUCCUGGAGAUAAUCAACAAUCUACUCACAAACCUGAGAGCGUCCGUUGCUAGGGACUCCGAGAAGGAGAGCGACGAGAAGCUGUACCAGGACGCGCUGAUCAACGCGCUCGGCGAGUUCGCGGACCACCUGCCCGACUUCCAGAAGAUCGACAUCAUGAUGUUCAUCGUCAGCAAGGUGCCGAGCAGCCAGCGCGGCGGGAAGGGCACCAAGGCGGACGCGAUGCUGCAGAGCAUACUGCUCAAGUCGCUCCUGAAGGUGGGCGCGACGUACAAGAGCGCGGAGCUGAGCAAGGCCUUCCCGGCGCCCUUCCUGGAGGCGCUGCUGCGGCUCUCGGCCGCGCCCGAGCCGCCCACGCGCGCGCUGCUGCAGCGCAUCCUGCACACGCUGCUCGACCGGCGCACCAACGCGCCCCACCUGGCCAAGCCCACCGUGGAUUACGCGGAAUUGGGGCUGACGGUGGAGAAGUGCUCCAGGCCGGACUUGAUCUUCAUCAGCAAGCAUGGCUACGCGAUUUUCAGCUCUCUGUAUGAAGGCCUCCAACUCGAAUCCAACACGGUCGAGAACGUGGAAGCGAUCUACACCACGCUGGCUCUGCUGUGCGUCGAGCUGGCCUCUGAGGAGACGGUCUGCGACAUCCUGCAAUUGAUACUUGCCAUCCAGCAGUCCGCGCUGCGCAACCCGGUGCUGUCUGUGGCGCAGCAGGUGCGGCUGCACGCGGUGGCGCUGGCGCUGUGCGCGCUGCCGCCGCACGUGCUGCUGCUGCCCGUGCUGGCGGACUACGUCUCCAAGAUAAUAGAGGCCCGGCGCGAAGAAGCUCCACACCUUCUGCCACCGCUGCUAGAAGACUACGGCGAACUGUCUCCCUCGAAGAUGCCAUCCAAGUUGCCUUUCCUGAUGAUUGAUCAGAUGGCGUUGUGCGAGAGCGUGCGCGCCAGCGGCGUGGAGGCAGCGCGACUUGUCGCACCACUGCCCUACAGCGCGCCGGCACACGCGCCCGGCCUGGAGCACCGCCACAGCUGGCUCGAGUCGGGCGCAGCGGCGGGGCGCGACAGCUUGGCGGACAUCGCGGCCGCGCCCCCCGACCUGGACAGCGCGGGCAGCUCGCCCGGCGUAACCCGGCACGCGCCGCAGUCGGAGAGCGUGAGCCUGGAGGCGUUGCGGCGGGCGGCCAGCGGCCCUAGCGAGGCCGAGCGGCGAGACGCCGAGCGCCGUAAAGCCAGCCUCAACAACGCCUUCCGCACCGCGCCCUUCGACUACCUUCUGCACCUCACCCAGCCCAAGUACGAAAUACAGGAGAAGUUGCAGGAGAUCUUCUCCUCACUCUCCCAAGAGCCUCUACUGGCGGGCGGCUCUCCCGCUGCCAGAAGAUUCGACGAGACGAGACGACGCGACGCGAGAGACGAAAUGCUUAUUGCUGCUCAAAAUAUCCAUUCGCUUCCUUGCUAUAUAAGCCAU